AAUUGACCCGUUAUCUUAUUUGCAGUUUACUUUAAACAAAUGAUUGUGUAUGUUUACACUUAUAUUGUACACAUUUAUGUUUUAACAACCGUUGUGUUUGUUUUAAAAGCCAACACGUCGUGUGCGCUAACUAGCAUUGUAGCUAACGUUAGCAUGUGGAGCUAAUCUGCUCGAGUGGUUAAUCAUCUUCUUUUCAACGACUGACGUCUGAACUUUGGCCAAAAAGAUGGAGCUGAAUCUCAACCGGGUGGAUUACAUCCAGGUUGGCGUGACAUCCCAGAAAACUAUGAGGCUGCUGCCAGCACAUGGGAAAAAGGCAACUCAGAAGGUGGCUGUAGCUGACCAUGAUGGCAUCCUGACAUGUUUUGGGAUGAAGAAGGGAGAGGCUGUGCCUGUGUUCAAAACUCUUCCGGGACAGAAAAUCUCCCGACUGGACCUGGGUGGAGCUGUGGACAGUCCCCAGGAGAAGAUCUAUGUCUGCUGUGGUUCUCAAGUGCGAGGCUUGACCAAGAAAGGCAAACAGUUCUUCACGUGUGACGUCAACCUGACGGAGAGCAUCAACGCCAUGUACGUGUCAGGUGAGGACCUGUUUGUGUGUGCAAGUUACAUCUACAACCACUCCAGCCACUGCAAGGACCAGGACUACUUCCUGUCGGGAGACAAGAUCAACGACAUCACCUGUUUGCUCUCGCAGACCCUCACCCACCCUGUCCCUGUUCUGGCAUGUCAAGACCGGGUCCUCAGGGUCCUACAGGGGUCUGAGCUGGCCUACCAAGUGGAAGUCCCUGGACAACCUUCUGUGCUGGAACACUACCACAAAGAUGGAGGAGAGGACAUCCUGUACGGGACUACAGAUGGGAAGAUAGGACUUGUUGACAUCGGAGAGACUUCAGCUGCCACCAAAUGGGAGAUUUACAGGGAGAAAAAGAAAGGAGGAAUCCUCUGCAUGGACACCUACGACAUGGUGGGCGAUGGCGUGAGUGACAUCCUGGUGGGCUGUGAUGACGGGACAGUAGCCAUUUAUGGAUUUGAUGGGACUAACGAGCCCACCUUACGCUUUGAGCACACCUUGUCUGAGAGCAUCAACUCCAUCCAGGGCGGCUGUGUGGGCAAGGAGUCCUAUGAUGAGGUGUUGACUGCCACCUACUCAGGCUGGGUGACUGCUUUGACCACGGAGCCCCAGAAGGCAGAAGGGGGUGCAGGAGACGAGGUGAGGAUGACCAAAGAGACUCAGUCCAAAGUGGAAGCACUCAGGGCGGAAGUGGAGCAGCUGCAGGUCAAAGUUCAGCAGGGCCGACAAGACUAUCAGCACAGCACGCUGUCCAAGACGGUGCCCGCCUUCAGCAUCAACGACAAGUUCCUCCUCUGCCAGGAUGACGCCAGCUACAGCCUCACACUGGAAGUGCAGACGGCCAUCGACAAUCUGCUGCUCCAGAGCGACAUCCCCAUGGACGUGCUGGACGUGGACAACAACUCAGCGUUGGUCAGCUUCAGCGAGUGUGAUUGGGAGGCCAACGGCAACUUCCUGCUGGCCACCUACAGAUGUCAGGCUAACACCAGCAGACUGGAGCUGAAGGUGAGGUCCAUCGAGGGACAGUACGGCACCUUGCGGGCUUACAUCACCCACAGACUGCAGCCCAAGACCUGUCAGCUUCGCCAGUACCACAUCAAACCUCUCUCUCUUCACCAGCGUGCACACAGCAUCCAGCAGGACAGGCCCAUGAACAGGCUCAGUCUGGUGGGACAGUUCAGUUUGGCAGAGAUCCACUCUUGGGUGGUCUUCUGCUUGCCGGAGGUGCCUGAGAAGACCCCAGCGGGAGAAAGUGUCACCUUCUACUUCCACAACACUUUCCUGGGCACACAGCUGCAGACCACCUACUGCAAAGGGGAGGCUCACUUCAAGUCGGACAACAUCUCCACCAUCUCCAUCCUCAGCGACGUUCUCUCCAAAGAAGCCACCAAACGCAAAAUCAACCUCAACGUUUCUUACGACAUCAAUGAUGACUCUGUCACUCACACCCUGAAGAUGAUCCACCCUAAACUGGAGUACCAGUUGGUGCUGGCCAGGAAGGUUCAGCUCAUUGAUGCACUGAAAGAACUGCAGGUCCAUGAGGGCAACACAGACUUCCUCACUUCAGAGUAUCGGAACAUUCUGGAUGAGUCGUCCAGUCUCCUGGAGGAGUACAAGAAGCAGCCAGCGCCCCUGGAAAGACUUUAUGGCAUGAUCACCGACCUCUUCAUCGAUAAGUUCAAGUUCAAAGGUCAGAAUGUGAAAAGCAAAGUGUCGUCACUGCUGGAGAUCCUGGAUAGUUACGAUCUUAAAUCCCUCUUGGACUUUUUCAGCGAAGCAUAGCUUCUCCAUUGAUAAUUAUUUGUUGACUUCCUUCAAAUAUCUGUAAUAGUUCUAUAUUUGUGUUAGUAAUAAAGUGCUUCAUGAUUUCAA